AUGCCGCGCCCGGCCACCCCGCGGUCGUUGGCCGGAGCCGACGGUGGGGCCCAGGGGGCCCAAGGGGCCGUGGCCACCAUGCUCCGCUCCCUGCUGCUUCACUCACUGCGGCUGUGCGCCCAGACGGCCUCGUGCCUCGUGCUCUUCCCGCGCUUCCUCGGCACCGCCUUCAUGCUCUGGCUUCUCGAUUUCCUGUGCAUCCGCAAGCACUUCCUGGGCCGCCGUCGCCGUGGCCAACCUGAGCCCGAGGUGGAGCUCAACAGCGAAGGCGAAGAGGUGCUCCCCGACGACCCCCCCAUCUGUGUGUCCGACGACAACCGCCUGUGCACCCUAGCGUCGCUCAGGGCGGUGUGGCACGGGCAGAAGUUGGAUUUCUUCAAGCAGGCGCAUGAGGGCGGCCCUGCGCCCAACUCAGAGGUUGUCCUGCCCGAUGGCUUCCAGAGCCAGCAUAUCUUGGACUAUGCUCGUGGGAAUCGCCCGCUGGUUCUCAAUUUCGGGAGCUGCACUUGACCUCCAUUCAUGGCGCGCAUGAGCGCCUUUCGGCGCCUGGUCAACAAGUACCAGCGCGAUGUGGACUUCCUCAUCAUCUACAUCGAGGAAGCGCACCCCUCCGACGGCUGGGUCACCACCGACUCCCCUUACAGCAUCCCGCAACAUCGAAGCCUGGAGGACCGCGUCAGCGCCGCGCGCGUGCUGCAGCAAGGCGCACCUGGCUGCGCCCUGGUCCUGGACACCAUGGCCAACUCCAGCAGCUCAGCCUAUGGUGCCUAUUUCGAACGCCUCUACGUCAUCCAGAAUGGCACCAUUGUGUUCCAAGGAGGCCGUGGGCCCGAUGGCUACCAAGUGGCAGAGCUGCGCACCUGGCUGGAGCACUACAAUGAUCAGCUACACAGCACUCAUCCCCAUAGGGUGUAG